CGUUGCGACCGAUGUCAUCUGUGGUGGCGUGUCCGUUGGCAUGGCCGCAGGCAUCACUGGCUGUCCCUCCUCUCGUCUCUGUGACAGGUUUCGCCAUCACCAAACCCGACAUCCUGGCCGAGGUGGAGCGAGGGGACGAGGGGGUGGCGGCCCCAGCGGGGCGUUACGGGGAGCACCGGAGCCCCCGGCCACACGCGGGCCCCGCCGGCCCCUCCCAGGGGGACUGGCAGGGGAAGGAGGUGAAGAGCGAGGACGGGCUGUCCCCACCGCCCCGCUCGCCCCCGGCCCGCCACGCCGGCCCCGCCGAAUUCCUCGUCCCGCUGCGGGAACGGGGCUGCAGCUACUGCGGCCUCCUCGAGACGGAGCCGAAUCCCGGUGCCGGUAACGGGGGGUUCAUCGCCGCACCCCCCGCCUUCGAGAGCCGCCGCUGCCGGCCCGGGGAGCCGCCGCCGGAUUGUGCCGAGUGCGGCCGAGGCAUGGGGCAGAAGCCGGACCUGGUGCGGCACCGGCUGGGGCGCGGCACGGAGCUCGGCUACGCCUGCGGCCGCUGCGGCAGAGGCCUCGCCGAGCCGGCGGGGCUGGGGGCCACGGGCGGCCCCCACCGCCCGGGCCCCUGCGCCGGGCGCUCCCCGGGCACGGCGGAGGGAGCGGCGGCGGCGCCGCGGAAGGAGCGGAAGGAGCUGUCGCUGACCGAGAAGGUGCGCGUGCUGGAGAUGCUGGAGGGCCCCAAGGUGUCGCAGAGCGAGCUGGCCAAGCGCUUCGGGGUGUCGCAGCCCCAGAUCUGCCGCAUCAUCAAGAACAAGGAGCGCAUCCUGAGCGAGUGGCACCGCAACGGCGACCCCGAGCGCAAACGCAAGCGGGAGGGGAAGGACGCGGCGCUGGAGGCCGCGCUGCUGCGCUGGGUGGAGGGCGACCUGCCCGUGGGCCGCCCGCUGCUGCAGCUCAGGGCCAGGCACCUGGCCCGGCCCGAUGCCGAGCCCGGCGGCGGCUGGCUGGCUCGCCUGGGCCUCGCCGGCAAGAAGCCGCCGGCGGAGAAAGGGGACGCGGAGCAGCCCACGGCGGAGCACUGGGCCGGCGCGGUGCUGCCCGGGCUCCUCCGCAGCUACGGGCCUGCCGAGAUCUUCGCCUGCGGGGAGACCGCGGUGCCGCUGCCGGCCGGCGACCGCGGCAAGGGCGAGAGCCCCGGCGAGCGGCUGACGCUGCUGCUCUGCGCCAACGCCAGCGGCUCGGAGAAGGUGCCGCUGCGGGCGGUGGGGGACAGCCCCCGGCCGCGCUGCCUGCGGGGCGUCAACCUGGAGCAGAUGCCGUGGAGCUACCGCGCCGGCAGCCUGGCCGGCCUGACCGCCCCGCUCUUCGCCGAGUGGCUGCAGGAGUUCAACGAGGGGAUGCGGCGGCAGGGCAAGAGCGUCCUGCUCCUCCUGGCCAAGCACGAGGCGCACCCCUACCUCCAGCUGUCCAACGUCAGGAUGGUCUUCGUCCCGCCGGCCACCGCCCUGGCCCAGCCCCUGGACCGCGGCAUCGCCGGCGACCUCAAGGGCCACUACCGGCGCCGGCUGCUGCGGUGGCUGCCGGCGGAGCGCGGCGCGGGGCAGCCCAGCCUGCUGGAUGUGCUGCACAUGCUGGCACAAGCCUGGGGCGAUGUUCAACCGGGCCUCAUCGCCGGCUGCUUCCGCGCCGCCGGCUUCACCCCCGACGCCGGCGCCGAGGCCGUGUCCCUGACCUCGGCGCCCGGCCUGCCCGGCCGGGAGCAGCUGGAGCGCGACGGGGACCCGGCGGAGGCGGACGGGGACGAGGGCAUGGCGGAGGGCAAGGACGCGGGCGAGCCGGCAGCCGUGCCGCCCUGCCCCUCGGAACGGGAGGUCUGGAGGAGCCUGGCCACGCUGAGGAGGUACCUGGAGUGCCAGGCCACCUCGCCGGACCUCUUCCAGGCCUUCUACGAGCUGGAGGACGCGGUGCACAUGGUGUCAGCCGGCGCAGGGCGAGCCUUCCUCGGGGACAGCCCUCCCCAGCAGUGAGCGGGCGUGCCCGUGAGAGGGGCCGGUGCUCCUUGGGGCCGUCGCCAGCCCGGCCUGGCCUCUGUUCCCUGCAGUGGUGCCGUGGGGUUUGCCGUGGGUCUGUAUGGCCCCGUGGGAUCACCACGCGUGGGGGCUGUGGAGUGUCACCCGUGGGGCAGUGGCAGUGCUGGGGACACACAGCUGCUGCCAGAACCUUCUCCCAGGGAGUGGCUGCUGCAGCCAGCAGGAAACAAAGUGGAGCUGCUGCCAGCGGGGAUUUGCCCUGAGUGGGGCAGUUGUGACUGCCGUGGGGGGAUGUGGGCGGUGCUGGGGUGUCCCCGUGCUGGGGACGGCAGCUCCUUCCCACGGGGGAGUCGGGUGCUGCUGUCGCCACGUGGCGCCCGGAGGAUUGUUACAGGCAUUAAAAAGCUGGAAUUCAGCAAA